CGUCACUGUCGGCUUACCCAAGCAUUUUCGGUUCGAGACGCACGUAAGCCCACGAACUUUCAUCUUCUUCGUAAACACCCGCACUCGCCGCCACCUUGCCGUGUCCAUGAUCUCCAGACACCGCAUCCGAUCUAGCGAGCAUACCUAGUCAUGGCUGCUCUCGCCCAAACACAACCGGCACCCUCCACCAUGUCACCUUCGUCGCAUCCGUUUACCUGCAACACCUGCCAGGUCGCCUUCCGCAGCAGCGAUCUUCAGCGCACGCACAUGCAGUCGGACUGGCAUCGCUACAACCUCAAGCGGCGUGUGGCCUCUCUGCCCCCUCUGACAUCCGAGAUCUUCGCGGAGAAAGUGCUGGCAAACAAAGCCACAGCGGCGGCGACGGCAGCCAGAGCAAGUUUCGAAAAACGCUGCGAUGCCUGCGAGAAGACGUACUAUAGCGAAGGCGCAUAUAUCAACCAUCUGGGAAGCCAAAAGCAUCGGCUACUCACUGCGAGGCUCGAAGCGAGGGGUGACAAUGAGACGGAGAGCAUGGCAGACUCAACCUUCUCGCUUGGCGAACCAAUGGAGACUGCAAGCACAACGGCGAGUACGGUCACUCUAAACGCGGCUGACGCUGAGGCGGAGGCAGCCGAUGAGGAGUUUGAGGAAGUCGCAGAAGCCAUCAAAAAUACGGGUCUAAAGGAUACUCCGGAUGACGUUCUACCACGGCCCUCGAGACCAUCGCCUACGACCGCGCUCAAUGGACCUACCAAUGAUUCAGAAAUGCAAGAAGAUGAGGAGUAUGAGCACAAGGCAGAUUUGGCGCAAUGUUUGUUCUGUAACUUUCUUUCUCCAGCCACGGAUUCAAACCUGGCGCACAUGUCAAGGCAGCAUGGCUUCUUUGUUCCGGAAAAAGACUACUUGGUGGAUCUUAAUGGCUUACUGAACUAUCUAUCGGAGAGUAUUAAUGUCCUACAUACCUGCUUGUUCUGCCACAAAGGCAUGCACACUGCAUCUGGUGUGCAGACACAUAUGCGUGACCGAGGUCACUGUAUGGUUGCCUACAGUACAGAAGAGGAGCAGAUGGAUAUUGGCGACUUUUACGACUUCCGCUCGACGUACUCGGAUGAGGAGCCUGAUGAAGAGGAUGCAGAGGCUGCAGCCAACGGCGGAGUCAGUCUCGGUGUGAAGCGCGCCGUGAAGACUACGGUGGAGGGCUCGGACGGAGACGAGAUGGUGGACGACGACGGUGAAGACGGUUGGGAGAGUGACAGCACCUUGUCUUCCGUACCGACGGACGAAAUUACUUCGGUUCCCAUUGAAAAUCAAGACCACAAAUACGCGAAGCUAGACUUACACCGACACCAUUCACAUAACGACCCUCGGCCGCACCGGAACACUGACGGCUAUCACUCUCAUGCACACCAUACGCCUCUGGCCGUCUAUCACGACGAUUACGAGCUCCACCUACCAUCAGGCAGGACUGCGGGUCAUCGCAGCCUCCGGACCUACUAUCGCCAGAACCUGCGCAACCACCCAACUGCCGAAGAGCGCAUAGAGCGGCGGCUGCUCGAGGAUGGCCGCCAUAGCUCGGACGCCGACGAUGAAGAGAAGGCGAGCAGCCAGGCUACGGAGACGGAUGGCGCUGGUCGUGGUAGACAGCUCGUCAGUCGUGCGAACGGGGGACUGGGCAUGAUCGGUGUCAGCGAGACGAAGAAGCGCGAAGUGCGUGCUGUAGAGAAGCGGGAGCAGAAGCGCAUGGAGAGGGCGCAAAACCGGUAUCAGUGGGGCAAGGAGAAGCGUGCGAACUUCCAGAAGCAUUUCAGAGAUCCUCUGCUGCAGUGAGGAGGAAAAGUACUCAGAGGCUACCUUAUUUGGCUGGCUUUACUGCACGGCUAGUCUCUGGGCUCGAAUGGCGUGAUGGACACGAAGCAGUCACCGACGAGUUUUGCGUAAGACGCCUAGAUCAUAUCGCCGUGUCUGUGCUUGACAGCUUUGAUUCGGCGUGUAAGGCUCUUUACGUAUCGCUUACCCAAACUUCUAUAUUCACUCGUCUACCGCAAGUGCAUGUUAGUCUUAGAGCCGCCGUUGCGACCCAACCGUUUCGUACAGUUGGCGGAAGGCGGGCCGAGGCGUUGCGCCAAACGCCUCUUUAAGCGUGGCACUUCCAACGCUUCCGCUCUUUCUGUUGUGCCCUGCAUCACACGCAACCUCCGCUUCAGUGC